AUGCAAAAUUCUGAAUGGGCCAAUAGCAAUUAUGGAUUAGAUGGCAUAAAUAUUCUUGUUCGUUCUAAUAUUAAUAAAACCACUUUAGAUGUCCAAUUGCUAUUAAGAAAUGUGUUUAGGAAACAGUUAGCAGAUUUAAUUAUAGGAUUGCUUGGAGUGCUAAGAUGUCGAACAGCAUUACGUUGGAGAGCUGAUCCAAGC